UUUUGUCCUGCUCCUCAAGCACGCUCAAAAUGAAUAGGCAAGAGAGACUGCAGAAUUUGGCUGCUAGAUUUCAGCAGUUAGUAUAUCAGCAGACCUCUAGCGAAAAUCCUUCCAGUUCUGUGAGUCUCAUCGACAGGCAAGUGAAAAUUAGACUUCUCAGGGGGCACGUGGAAAAAAAAUUAAUUAGACGUAAAAGGAAUACAUGUAUGCGGAAUAUACGUGUUGUGUUUUAUAUAAAUUUUGCACUUUUUAAAAUACCAACAUCGCCCUGUGCUUAGCAGACAUCAGACAGAAAUAUUUAAUUGUAUGUUUUAAAACAGAAAAAAAAAGAUGCACAUGAAAUGUACAUGAUGGCGUAAACACCAGUGUUAAAACCGCUAACACCAGUUAGGCACGUUAAAUCCAGGGGGGAAACCGUCAGUAGAUCGAACAAAAAUCAAACGGUCACUUAAGUACAAAACUCAAUUAGACCGCCUUUCAACGCGGAUAGCCUGAAACCCUUUGUUUUCUCCCGACGGGAUCCUCGCUGUGCGCGGGCUUUAGCUAAGGAGUGGUUUUAUGAUAAUGCCUGAGAAAAAAAACACAAUACAAGGUCAUUAACAUAUUCAAUUAUGUCUAUAUAAUGAGUGAGAGGGGAAUAAAAGCAGAAAAGAGGACAUUCUGAGUUGCUACUUACCUGAAAUUAAUUAUUUGAGCUUUACCUAAGGUUAGGAUCCAUUAAAUGUGGAGCCAAUUUCUAGCCCAGGAGAUUCAUGUCCAUGACCAGCCCACUUUUUUUCAGGAAAGUGUAAACUGGAUAAAUGAGGCAAUAUGUCACUUAUUAUUCAAUGGUUGUAUUUGAUUUUUUAAAAUAUGAAGAAACACAAGUCAAAUGAAUAAAUGAAAUAAUAUCAAAAUUAAUUUCGCAGUUCUUCACAUGUGAGGCAUGUUGCACUACUAUACAAUUUUUUUACCUGUAAAUGGCUUAACAAUAACAUAUCUAUAACAGUAGUCAUCUAUAACGGUAACAGCUGCCUGAGUAGUGUACUGGUCUCUGCAACUUUUAUUACUGUCUCAUUAUCUAUCAACAUGAGGAUUUCCUUCUCUGUGCACAAAGGCCUCCAAGUGCUCCUGAGUCAGUGAGCUUCGUAACCUGUUAUUUUAUUUCCGACUGGCCCAAAAGUCAAGCGGCCCACCGGGAAAUCUCCCAAAUAAAUUGAGAAUUUAAAAACGCUAAUACAAUAAUUAUCAUUCAGAACAUUCAUUGAAAAGCCUCUAUCAGGCACCAUGUGAAAACUCACUAUACUGUCUAUAUUUCACAUUUGCUAACAUAAGUUAUUCUGCCGAUCUGUUGUGCUUGUUUUUCAUAAAGACUUAGGAUGUUUAGGAGAGGUCAGGAGCUCAGGAGGACUGUACGAGUCAGACAGCGGCUAACCACAAUACGACUGGCUAUUCUGCCAAAUAGCAGAGACACUAUAUUUAUACCAAGGGCAGGGUCAUCAGUAAAGAAAAUUGUGGUGCCACUCUCCAUGCCAGAGAGUGCAUUCAUUGAAAAAAUAAGAGAAGAAUUCCCUAGUUUACAGGGUGACUUCUGCCUUUGCAGAGUUGACAGAUGGAGGAGAAUCCACCAACUGGAUCUCUCCUCUAUCUGUCCCUCUUCUAUAAAAGCAUGUCCUGUGCUGAGAAGAUCAGCUGUGUACAUCAGACCAAAGGACAAUGGGGAAGAGGAGUUCAGAAAUGUGCAUGACAGGGAUAUGUUGGAGGAACAAAACAGUUCUGAGGAAGAGGAAGAACAAAACCUGUUUGAGGAGGAGGAGGAGGACACACUUCCAGAGCAAGCUAUUGAACAAGCCGGCUUGCCGGAAUGGCAUGCCCUUCGCAGCCAGCAGGAUGAAGAAUAUCAACGUUCACUUUCAAUAGAUAGAGAAAGGGAGAGAAGACGAAGGCAGGUCCAGGAGCGGGAGCUGAGAAGAGUACAGGUCAUAAAUACCAGAAAAGAAAAAAUCAAUCGCAUACCAGAGGCUGAAAAUGGGAUGACCAUUCAAUUUAAAUUUCCUGAUGGUGCCUUAAAAAGGAGACGCUUUCUAUCUUGUCAACCAUUCCAAGAUCUAGUUGCCUUUGCAGGCUGUGAUGAAAUGGCCAGUGAAAUAUUUUCACUUCAGAUGGCCAUGUCACCGACCUCACUUCUAAGCACCAAGGAAGGUUCCAUAGCAGACAAUGGCAUUACUGCACCAUGUACCUUGUACAUUUUGUGGAUGUCAGGGGAUGAAGUGGAGCUCAGAAUCAAAUGCCAGCUGCUCCACCUACUGCAGUCUCCACCUUUCCCCCUGCUCCGUCUCCACCAAACAGUGUCUCCACCUUCUCGCCUGCUCCGUCUCCUCCCAUCACAAUCCCCACUGUUCACCCUCCUUCCUCUCCGAGACACAGUCCCGUAUAUAUUUCCUCCACUGCCUCAAGCCUCAAACCCUGAAGAGCCUUUUGACAUUGCUGCAAGACUUAAGACUCUGAAGUCAAGGGUCCAUCAUCUCACUCCACCAGCCAAUCAGAUAAAUGUUCUUCGUAAUGAAGAAUUUGACUGUGCUUUGAGAGCCUUCAGACGACCAGCCUUUGAUCCAGAGUCAAAAUUAGACAUCAUUUUUAUUGAUGAAGAUGGUCAGGGAGAAGGGGCCAUAUAUGAAGGUGGACCUACCAGGGAGUUUUGCAGACUUCUAAUGAGACAGCUCCAAGGACACCAGAUAUUUGAAGGGCCCCUAGAAGCACGUAACCUGGCCCUUGACAGUGUUGCCCUUCACAACAACACCUACAGAAUUGUAGGGCAAAUGUUAGCUGUUUGCCUGAUCCAGGGGGGAGUGUCCCCUCACUUUUUUUCACAAAGGCUUGUCAACCAACUCCUAAGUCUUCCAUCUGCCCCAGCAACCAUUGAAGAAGUGGUAGACCAUGGUCUAAGGACUAAACUGGAGAAGAUAAGCAGUGCAGAGACGCUUGAGGAUGCCAGACAGGCUGUUAAUGAAGCAGCGGAUGAGUUGGCUCUGAUGGGAGCUCUGAGGCACCUUCAGUCUUUGGAUGACAGUAAGCAGCUGAUGGAGGCUGUGCUCCAUUUUUACUGUGAGGGGCGAAUACAAGCAGCCAUCCAACAACUCAGAGAAGGACUGAGUACGCUUGGGGUCCUGGAGGAAAUCACCUUACACCCUCAAGCUUUUGAGAAAAUCUUCCUCCAGGACACAUCAUCCCUGAAGGCCAGUGAUCUUGUGGGGCUUUUUCAAGCCAGAUGUAGGUCAUUGCCAGGAUCUAAUCGGAGGAGGUUGGAAGCCAGGACCAUUGCCUUUUGGAAGGAUUGGCUCCUGGAUAUAGAAGGGGGACUUGCCCAUCCAAUCACGCUGGAACAUGUGUUAAUUUUUGCAACAGGCCUCAGACGACUCCCGGCAAUGGGUUUUGAGGUGCAGCCAGAGUUAGCAUUUUUGCAUGCAGAGGAUGGACUGGCCAGGUUCCCAAAGGCAAACACAUGUUCUCUGGUGCUCUACCUGCCAGUGGGCCAAACAUACAAUGAAUUUAAAAAUAACAUGGAUCUUGCAGUAGGCUGUGCUCAUCAAUUUGGGGAGGGAUGAGUUUUCGAAUUUAAGCACUAAGGGAGCUAAAUUCAGAAUUUAGGAAGGUGUUUUAGAAGUUUUUGGAGUUGGGUUUAUUAAAUGUUCUUAAUUGUUGAAAAUGCUUUUACAGAAUCACCAGACAAGCAGUUGUAUUUGGCCUUUUCUGUUUAUUAAACUUUCAUUUUAAAAAA